AUUUAGAAGAUAUUUUAUUCAAAUCGAAAGUGGCAAAGAUCAUUUGAUUUGCAGGAGUUGUCGUUCUUACUACUUUCGGUUUCAAAAACGGAAGUGUAAACAAGCAAUAUUAUAAGCUAAUUGUGUUUGCAUAGUUUUUUUUAAAGAUAAACAAUGAUUUCGAUGUGCAGAUAAAAUGUCAUAUCCAAUUAAACAAACUAAUACCAGCGUUUUAAGACUGUCAAUCGCAGACGAGAGGAAACGGCAGGAAAAAGUUGCUAAAGAUAUAUAUAAUGCUGAUAAUAUAGAUAAAUACAGGAAAAAAUCAUCCGGAAUUAAUGGCAAUAGACCGGAUUCUUCAGCUGGCUUAAACAUUCAGUCUAAUUCUAAUUUACAGAAGAAGAGUGGUAUUGAUCAAGGCGGCUAUUCAAAGUUCAGAGGCAUCGAGCACCCAGAUUCGCCAGAACAUAUUGCUGGGAGAGUAACACAGCAAAGCAGUGGAGCAAGGCCUAAAGAUACAGCUUCUAAAACGGUGGCUCACCCCUCUAAUGUGAUAAAACAAGUACCUAAAACACAAACUUGGUAUACAGAUGCAAGAGUAGGUGGAUAUAGUCAGAUAUCAUCAUUUGAGAGAAAUGAGUUCAGUAAAAAUUUGUCCUUUUAUAGAAAUAAUAUCUUCUCCAGACCUCCACCUGGACAUAAGAUUGAAGAUAUGUUAAAAUGGAAGAAAGAUUACGAUAUGCUUGAAAGGAAUCACCGCUACAUUCAGUGGUUGUUCCCUAUUCCGGAAGGAAAUGGCCUGAAUAUUUCUGCACAACAACUUUAUGAACAUGAAGCAGAGGCCAUAAGGGACGAUGAUAAAACCCGUAAUCGUGUUUUGAGAGCAUUUGAAAUGAUGCUUGAUUUCUAUGGCAUGCAACUUGUUGACGAUGUCCAUGGACGAAUUAAAAGGUCAGACAAAGGUUGGGAACAACGAUAUGAACAUUUGAAUAGGUCUCGGCAUAAUUAUCUCCGGAUCACAAGGAUUCUGAAAUCUUUAGGUGAACUCGGUUUCGAAAGAUUUCAAGCACCCUGGGUUGAAUUUCUCAUUGAUGAGGCAGUGAUCAACAAAGAACUACCAAACCUCAAUGGUGGCUGUUUAAUGCACUGGAUUUCAGCUGUGAAAAAUGAUGCAGAGAAAGAGAUUUUGUUCAGGAAAGCCAGUGGACUUCCUAUAAAUUAUGACAGUGACAUAUAUGGUGUUGAUUCAGAAUCAGAUGAUGAGGAAGGUGCUAGUAAUGAAAAAGAAACGCAUGAAGAAGAUCUGGACAAGGCUAAUAAAGAUUUGUCAAAUUUAAACCUUGAACCCAGUGAUGAUGGUAAAGUGACUGUGGAAAGUGCAAAGGUAAAAGUCAACAAACAAGCAUCGUCUGUGCAAAGAGAUGAGAAUGAAAAGAAAGAUAAGGAAGACAUUGAGAAUAAAGAAGCAGCUCAAGCAAGUGCUAAAAAUGAAAGCAUGAGAGCCAGAUCAGAGCAGGAAAAUCAGGUCUACGAGGGCCCGUGUGACAAUAUCAGAUUUUAUCAGAAUAAGUUGCACUCCAAACCCAGUCCAGGAUAUGUAAUUGAAACUAUAUUGAAGUCUAAAGGACAUUAUGAAUUCUUAGAGGGUUAUCCUUUCUUCAUUCAUUGGCUAUUCCCAACACCUCAGGAAAGUGAAAGUAAUCCAGAAGCCCAGCCAUUACAACCUUAUGAAGCAGAGUUCAUAAGAAAUGAUGAUAAACUGAGGUCACUUGUCCUCCAAGCUUACAAAAUGACGCUUGACUUUUUCGGUAUGGAACUGAUUGAUGAAAACAGUGGAUGGAUUGGGAGAAACCCAGAUACAUACAAGAAGAGAUAUAAAUAUUUAGAUAAGAACAGACACAACUUCCAUGGAGUAAGAAGAAUACUUGUUUCACUUGGCGAGCUUGGAUUUGAAAGAUAUCAAGUUCCAUUGAUAGAGUUCUUCAUAGAAGAAGCAAUUACCUGCAACAAAUUAAAGACUCUUACUGGAACUUUUAUCAUGCUCUGGAUAGAUUCUCUAAAGGACGAGCAGGAGAAGGGUGGAAUGUUUGAGAAAUAUUUGAAAUAUAAGGAUUAUAAUGCUGACAUUUCAAGUGAUGAAGAAAUAGACUACAUGAAGGGUAAAAAGACAUACCAGGAUGUUUAUGAUCCAAGUCGUUAUACUGAUAACCCUUAUCCUUCUGAAGCUUUGAAUUAUUUUGCGGCAGAAAGCAUGAAUUUCUAAAGUAGAACUUGUUAAUAGACUUAGAGUUAAUAAUACUCAUCAGCUAUAUUUCUUUAGCUCACCUGACCACUUUGUGCUCAGAGGUGAGCUUUUGUGAUGGCAAUGUGUCUGUUGUAAUUAAUGAUAUCCACAGUUUCUUUAAACAACAUCUUCUAUGACAUCACAUGUCAGAUUUUGACCAAACUUCACAGGAAUGCUUUUUAGGUGGCGCUACCCAAAAUUUGAAUAAAUGUGAUGGUUCUGAUGCAUGAUUAUAUCUCAAGAGCUUAAAAAAAGACUUUUAAGAAUGAAAUCUUUAAAACUUUCCUCCUCAGACACUAUUAUGCCCAUAGAUAUUUGGCAUUUAACAUUGCCUUGUUGACCUCUAUAGACAUGAAAUAAAUAAUGCCUCUUGGGCCAAAAAUGGAAGUGCCCAAGGGGUCACAUAAUUUACAAUAGUCUUUAUUUAUGCAGUAAACACUUCUAAAACAUCUCCUCAUAUAAAACUAUAAUUCCCAGAGUACAGAGUUUGACAUGUAGCAUCACAAUUGAGUUCAUCCUUUACAAAAGUGAUUUAAAUCAUGCCCUUGGGGGAAAAAGUGGGCCUAGUCCAGGGGUAACUUGGUUGAUGCAAACUUGUAUCAAAAAAUACAUUAAUGUAUCCUUGUGUGAAAGUUCUGAGUGCCCAAACUUGCAUUGUAGACUACUACAAAAGUUGUCAAUAAUGCCCUUCCAGGGGUCAAAAAUGGCCCUCCUCUGGAUUUAAGUUAGUUUACUUAAGAGUUAUUAUUAACCUGUCUUGAAAUCACUUCUUAAACUGCAAUACAAUUUCUAAGCAUAGAUAUUUUAAACUGUUAAAUGUGUAAACAUCUUUAGGUUCACUCAAUAAGUUAUACAAAUAAUUUCCCUGGCCCCAUCCUUGGAGUUACUAGUAAUUUUAGUAUACAAUUUUACUGUUAGCUCUAUAUACGAAAACAAAUUUUAAUGCUCCUGUGUAAAAAUACAAUGGCAUUAGUUUAGAUAAUUAGCAUGUAGGCCCUAAAAAGUUAUAUAAAUGAUGUCUCUUUGUGCCCUGGGGUCACAUAGUUUAUAUAGCAUUAAUUUAGGUGACUUCUACAGUAGAAACAUACGGUAAAUCAUGAAUCUAGGGUAAAAAAGAUGGCUUUUCCCUUGGGGCACUUAGAUGUAUUUAGAAUUUAUGCUUUAUUACUCCAACUUUCUAAUAUUUCUUUAGGGAUUUUCAUCAGACUUCAAAGAUAUAUUACUUAUUAUCACCCAUGUCAUGAACAGAACAGAACUUUUAUUUUCCAGACUUAUGCAAAGUAGAUCGUCUUGUUAACAUGCAGUGAAUACAUAUAUACAACAUAAUAACAGAAAUAUAUGUAUGGCGAGUGUGACAAGGUUCAUAAUUAUAGUGUCUAUUUUUUUAGAGUUUUCUUUUCUAUAUACUUAUACAUUUUUUUUUAUAUCUCUAAUGAACUUUGUUACUUAAGUUUUUACUACAUGUCCAUAACAACACAGAUAUUUCAUAGUUUACUUUUUUGACAUGCAUUUUACAUGGCACUAAAAAUUAAGACAAUUGAGGGUUUUUCUCUCUUGAUGAUUUAUAUUUAUUGUAACUGAUUUUUUGCUUUACUUUUUUUUUUCAAAGAAGAAAAAUCAAGCUAUUGCUACAGUCAUGUUGUAGUUGCCAUUGCUGUGAGCUUUUCUGUUUCUGUCUAAAAACUUGAAUAUUCUUUUUAUUUCUCAAUGGAUUGCCUCCAUACAUCAACAUGUCAGCAAGAUUUUCAAGUUGACCAUAUUCAAAUUUGACUGUUACAUAUAAAUGACCUUGAUCUUUAUUGUCAAAUUUUUAUGCCCCCCUUCGAAGAAGAGGGGGUAUAUUGUUUUGCUAAUGUCGGUCUUUUUGUCUGUCUGUCUGUCGGUCGGUCUGUUGGUCUGUCCGUCGGAAGACCACAUGGUUUCCGCUGAUUAUCUUGAAAAGAAUUUAUCACAAAGUCUUCAUAUUUCACAUAGUGAUUGGUCAUCACUAGUAGAUGACCCCUAUUGAUUUUGGGGUCACUAGGUCAAAGGUCAAGGUCACAGGGGCCUUAAAUGUCAAAAUGGUUUCCACUGGUUAUCUUGAAACGUAUGUAUCACAAAGUCUUCAUAUUUCACACAGUGAUUGGUCAUAACUAUUAGAUGACCCCUAAUGAUUUUGGGGUCACUAGGUCAAAGGUCAAGGUCACAGGGGCUUUAAAUGUCAAAAUGGUUUCCGCUGAUUAUCUUGAAAAGUAUGUAUCACAAAGUCUUCAUAUUUCACAUAGUGAUUGGUCAUCACUAGUAGAUGACCUCUAUUAAUUUGGGGUCACUAGGUCAAAGGUCAAGGUCACAAGGGCCUUAAAUGUCAAAAUGGUUUCCGCUGAUUAUCUUUAAAAGUAUGUAUCACAAAGUCUUCAUAUUUCACAUAGUGAUUGGUCAUCACUAGUAGAUGACCCCUAUUGAUUUUGGGGUCACUAGGUCAAAGGUCAAGGUCACAAGGACCUUAAAAUGUCAAAAUGGUAUCCGCUGAUUAUCUUGAAAAGUAUUCAUCACAAAGUCUUCAUAUUUCACAUAGUGAUUGGUCAUAACUAGUAGAUGACCCCUAAUGAUUUUGGGGUCACUAGGUCAAAGGUCAAGGUCACAGGGGCCUUAAAUGUCAAAAGGGUUUCCGCUGUUUAUCUUGAAAAAUAUUCAUCACAAAGUCUUCAUAUUUCACCUAGUUAUUGGUCAUAAGAAGUAGAUGACCUCUAUUGAUUUAGGGGUCAUUAGGUCAAAGGUCAAUGUCACAUGGGCCUUAAAUGUCAAAAUGGUUUCCGUUGAUUUUUCCAUAAUUUAACACUUCCAUGAACCCAUUUUUGGCAAGUUUAUGUAAUAAAAUUAUUAAUUAUGUGAGUCAAUGGCUAGAAAGGGGGUAUAUGUGUCGUUCGACAUUCUUGUUAAUUCUUGAUUUUUUAUAGCUCUUGCUAUGAGUUUGGUAGAUGUGAAUGGAUUGUCUUAAUACUCUGACACAACAGCAUUUAGGAUUAGAUUGUUGAGAAAUUAAACUAAACUUUGCCUUGACUCAGAAAUGACUUUGACCUUGAAGGUCAAAUUAUUAAAGUUUGCUUGAUUUUUGCUUCAAUUUGCUAUAUUUUUGUUAUUUAUCAAUUGACUGUCUUAAUACUUGGUCACAGCAAACUUUAGGACAUUAUUAGUCCUUCAAAAAGACAGAACUUUUAAUCUUGUGAAUGCUAUUUUCCAUACAAUACAGAUGGAUUUCAUAAAAUAUGAAAUUUGUUUGUACCAGCAUUGUGCUAUAUUUCCACCAAAACAUAUGUUCAUUUUUCCCAUUUAUGCAGAAGUUACAGUCUUUUGAAUUAUUUUCUUUGCACAUUCGGAUGGUAAAAAACUAUUUUUUAUACAGAUUUGUAAAUGCUUCUCAUCAUACAAUACAGGAUGGAUUUCAUUAAAACACAUUUUAAACUGAUUUUACAAACAUUUAGCAUGUAUAGCUUUGUAUCCUUGAAAACAAGUUUUAUUUAAUCCCUCUAUGCAGAAGUCUAUGAAAACAUAUUUCUGCAAAGUCAGAUGGUACUAAACAAGAAACAGUUCAUUAUUGCUUGAGAAUUUAUGCAGUUCUGGUUUAAAGUUUAUAUUGAUAGAAAUGAUACUAAUGAAUAAAUUGAUGUGUUGAAUGAUUCAAAUAUGACCUUGACUAUAUAUGACCCUGGCCAUGAAGGUCAAUUUAUUGUUUUAAAAUACAUCUUUAUAGGAUCAAGAAGGUAUGAGUAAGGAACAGAUGAACUAAUUUUUUUUUGUUUGAGUUGUGAUAUCUUUUAAUUAAAUUAUUUAUUUAGAGAUUUUAUUUUCAUUUUGACUAAACAGUACAACACAAAUGACAAUAUCAACAUGUUGUAUGACCUUGAACUGUAAAUGACCUUAACUGUCAAGGUAAAUAUCAAGUUUUAAUUUUAUAAUGUACACAAAAAAUGUAUGUUGUUUUUUUACAAUGUUCCUCUUCCUCUUGUGUUUGUAUUAGAAAAAAAAAUGAAUUUGGCCCUUUGCUUGGUUUUAGAUAGUUUUGUUUUUCUUUAAUCUUUUUCUUAGUGUUAAAUAAAUAAUUAUUUGUUGAGCAUCUUGUGGCCUUUUAUGCUAAAAUGAAAUUGUUUUAAUGCAAAUCAGCCAUUUUAAACAUUUAGAAUAGGUUUCGGAGUGUAUGUAGCUUAACAUGAGUGUGAUAUUUCUUUGUGUUUAGUAUACCGGUGUAAGGAACUUGUGUCCCUCUGUUCAUUUUACCCAAUGGUCAUUCUUUUUUAACAUGAAAUAAUUUGGAUGGAAUUUAUUGAAAUUUUCAGAACAGUGUAAGUGCGUGCUUUGAAUAAAUGUUAUUUAUUCUAGCAACAUCAUAGCUUUAUGUGACACCAUAUCAUAGGGGGAGAUAAUUUUAAAAUAAUAUUUUGCAUAGUUAUGCUCCGUUCUUGACCUAGAGUUUUCUCCCCUGGUGAACCUUUAUGGUAAAAGAACUAACACAUUUAUUCACUAAUUGUUCACUGUAAUUAUAAUUGGAAUGUAUUUGUAAACAGCAGAUAGCUCUGUAGGUCUUUUGUGCUAGCUUAUCUCCCAUUUUAUAUUUUCUUCAUUUUGUCCAAACUGUUACAGAUCUGAACUUCAGUCUUAAAACAGGGUAAUUCUGCUGAAUUAUACUAUACCUUCUAACUUGCUUUUAUUAAAUUAUAUAAUACUGAGAAAACAAAGUCUCUGACAUUUGAUGACAUUGAACUUGAUCCAGUGUGUUACUUCUAAUAUCAAUUCUUUCAGUUAUUUUUAUAUUACAUGAUUCGUUGUUUUAUAGUUGCUUUAUUGUUUAUGCAUAAACCAUUGUAGAAUUAUAGAGUAUGUAUAAAACGUUGUCGAAUUGUGAAUUAUUUAAGGAUAUUUUAAGCAUUGUUCAUGUUUCAUCAUAUCAUUCCAUCGAUCGUUUAUAUUAUUUACUGUUGUAAUUAAUUUUAUUUAUGAAGAGAAAAUGUUUGAUUUUAUUCAUUCGUGUUUAUUUUAGUUCAAUAAAAUAUGAAACUAUGUAGCAUUUUUAUUUUAGUUAAUAUGAACUUUUAAAUGGUUUAAGUUAAGAGAACUAAUGAACACUUUUCUUAGAUAAAUGUCAACAUAGUAUCAAUUUUUUACGAGGGCUGUUUAAAAAGUAAUAGGACUUCACAAAUUCAAAUUAACGUACACAAUUUUACAAGGGGUAUACAUGUAUAUUGGAACAUUUCGUCUAUAUACAUUGAAAGAAAUCAAAACAAUAUAUUAAUAAACAAUAACACCAUGAAAAUUACAAAUAACAAGGCGCACGCUAAUGGUACAACAAAUGACGUCCAUGACAUAGCAAAAUAAAUACAAAAUAUCAAUAGCAUAAGUACUUCCCCCGGGUGUUAUUUAUCUCGGGAUCAUAUAAUCUGUACCCUGUCUUGUUUGUGGUGAUGAUGUGAAAUAUAAAGCAGUCAUCCUUUUGCUCCGAUGUACGAAGAAAGACCGGGGAGUGCUCAUUUUCAUAAUUUAUGAGUAAUCUUGGAAAUCAAGGGGCAUGGUUUAUAAUGUGAAUGGAGUUAAUUAUUUAUAGAAAUAAUUUACACAUGUCAUCGUCUGAUUUUGAAGCAAACUGAAUAUAUUAACUGUAAAAAUGUAUCA